AAUAAGGAGUUGACACCGGGAGUUGACAAUCGGGGUCGUCAUCCUCAUCUCGAUUGAAUUAUUUAUACAUGUAUAGAGUUAAGACCCAAACGUCUCAAUUUUAUAGGCCCCUAUACUGCCCUUCCUUCUUUUGGUCUUUCCUUCUUUAUUUAUUUCUUCAUCUUUACUCCUUUUUCUUUUUUCUUCCUGCCUUUCUUCUUUUAAUUUCUGUCUGUUUUUGUUAUUUCAUCCUUCCUUCCUUUUAUUUUUUCUUUCUUUCCCUUAUUUCUUCCUUCCUUCCUUUCUGCCUGCCCUGUUUUUGUUUUAUUUCUUCUCUAAGUCCUUCCUUAUUUCUUCCUGUCUUUCUUUCUCUUCUCUUUCUUUCUCUCUCUCUCUCUUUCUUUCUUUCUGUCUUCCUUUCUUUUUUUUCUUUCUUUCUUUCUUUUUUUUUUCUUUCUUUCUUUCUUCCUUCCUUUCUUUCUUUCUCUCUUUCUCUCUUUCUUUAUUUCUUUCUUUCUCUCUCUCCCCCCUCUCUUUCUUUCUUUCUUUCUUUCUUUCUCACUCUCUCUCUUUCUUCCUUUCUUUCUUGUUUCAUCUAUCGUUUUCUAAUUCUCCGUUUCUCUCCCAUUUCUUUAUAUUUUCACUAUUUCAAAAAUCAAAAGGGGCGGAAGCCCCCUGCCCCCCCCCCCCCCCCCCCUCGUGGCGCCACCCUGCAAUGAUAGAUUGUUGGUUAAAAGUCCAUCUCUAAAACCAUUCAGGACACAUUGAAUCCUGGCUUGAACCCGCUUCACGUGAUCAUUAUCGCGGCUCCUCGAACAUUGCCUAAAAGGGUGCUUUGUGAAUUAAUUUUGUUCAUUGAUUUCAUUGAAGCACUGACACGAUGAAGUCGUCGAUGAUCUCGACCGUACUCCUUUCGAUGGCGAUGUCGGUCGUCAUCGCUUCACCUAACGGACCUCCGGUAACAGUACCAGGUCUGUGCGAGAACAUGGUCCCUCAGCACGGGCCUAGCGAUGCGACAGGAGAUGCCCCAUAUGCCAUAACUGCGACCAAGCAAGCUGAUAAUACAUACACUGUACGAAUUGAGGGUGUCGACAGCUCCACUUUCCGUGGGUUUUUCAUUCAAGCACGCCCCUGGGACUCCUCGUCUUCCAGCGAAUCUGAGACGGCUAGUCUCGGCGUCUUCUCAUCUCAAGAUACCGUUACUAAGCCAUUAGACUGCUUCGGUUCCACAGGGAAUGCCUGGGGACACAGCAUCAACAAUAAUAAAACUUCGGUCGAAGGGACAUGGGUUCCACCGGCAGGAUCGGGCGAAGUCCGUUUCAGAGUGACUGUUGUCCAGGGACCUGCGAGCACUUACUGGACCGAACUUUAUUCUGACGUCAUCAUGUACGGUUCGAUGACCACUAUGAAAAUGACGACAUCGUCAUCAGGUAAAUCAAGCCUGAGUCUGGCAUCUUUCUUCGGAUCUCUACUCGUCUUCCUCUUGACGAAUGUCUAAAUACAGAUGACACCCUGCUCCCCAUUCUCAACUAUUCAGUGGAUUGAAAAUAUGAAAGGACAAUUCUGAUUGGUUCCCAGUCAAUGUUUUGAACAUAAUACGCAUGUAAAAAUGAUCUUCAUUGGCCAUUUCAAGUUAUAGCGUCCAACAAGUUUACCAUCACCGUCACACCAUAUAGAAACUGAUGUCAGAUCAAUUAAAAGAAUGCCAUUCAAAAUACUAUUAGCUGUGAUCUCUCUGGGCUCUGUUUAGUGAGUGUGACUGUGCAUUGUUUCGUCUACGAUUAAAAUAUGAAUAAAUCUGUGGUAUAUUGGGUUAUACAAAAAAGAUACAUGUAUUUGACAAAAAUCAUUAUGUCCCUCAAAUAAGGUGUAAGCCUAUUUAUACCAAAUGUUUUGCCAAAACUUUGUAGAAAAUAUUUUUCAUCAAUAAAGUUACCGGGAAAAGGUAAA